AUGCUUGAUAAUUGUGACUCCGUUAGAAAGGGACUUCUCUACACUCCAACUAUAGGAGAAUAAAUUGAUGACGACAUUGCAGCAUCAUUUGAACAAAAAAGGGGAAUCAAUUAUUAACAUGAAUAUAUGAGACUAUACAUCGCCAAUGUUGUUCUGACUCAAUAACUAAAAGAAUUACUCUAAGAAAAAGGGGAUUUAAUCUCUAAAAUCAAUAGACUUGAAGAUGUUGAAAUAUGCAAAACUAACUCCAGAAAACUAGAUUAUGAGGAAUUGAAGAAACCAGAAGUACUCCCAAAAAAGCAAAUAGAAGGUUCAACCAAAUACAAUGAUGAAAAUGCAGUCCCAAAUCAUCAAUAUCAAACAAGAAAAUUAAUUAAGAAGAAUUGAGUCAUUUUUAUCUAUUUUAUUCAAUUCUUCAUCCAUUGUCCUCGUUUUAUAAAUUUAAUUCUUAUAAAUAUUUUUUUAUAAUGAUAAAUUUUUAAA